UGUAGUGUUCGCGCGUUUCUGGGUUCCUGUCUUGUACGUGCGUGUUGUCUUUCUUCAUCCACGCGAACCUGGUCUGCACCACGGAAAGGACGUGAAAAGGCCCGGCGACUUUCACUAAUUUUUUCGUAGCGUCUAUCUGUGUGCACCUUAGAAUAAUAUUAGAUAAAUUAGCAUAAUGGAGGAUGUUAGUGAUUUGGAUUUUCAAAUAGAGCAGCUAAAAAAAUGUGAAAUCAUUAGUGAAGCAGCAGUCAAAGCAUUGUGCGCUAAAGCACGCGAAAUCCUUAUUGAAGAAAGUAAUGUACAGCGAGUGGAUUCCCCAGUCACUGUGUGUGGAGAUAUUCAUGGACAGUUUUAUGACCUAAAAGAACUUUUUAAGGUUGGAGGAGAUGUUCCUGAAACAAAUUAUUUAUUUAUGGGAGACUUUGUAGACAGAGGAUUUUUCAGUGUGGAAACCUUUUUAUUAUUAUUAGCUCUUAAAGUACGAUAUCCUGAUAGAAUCACUUUAAUUAGAGGUAAUCACGAAUCAAGACAGAUCACCCAAGUUUAUGGCUUUUAUGACGAAUGUCUUCGUAAGUACGGUAGCAAUACUGUAUGGCGUCACUGCACAGAAAUUUUUGACUAUCUAUCUCUGUCUGCCAUCAUCGAUGGUAAAAUAUUUUGCGUGCAUGGAGGUCUUUCGCCCAGUAUACAGACUCUUGACCAAAUCCGUAUUAUAGACAGAAAACAAGAAGUUCCACAUGAUGGUCCUAUGUGCGACCUUUUAUGGUCUGAUCCAGAAGAAACACAAGGCUGGGGUGUGUCGCCUAGAGGCGCUGGAUAUCUAUUCGGAAGUGACGUUGUGGCACAGUUCAAUUCUGCGAAUGACAUCGAUAUGAUUUGUCGAGCGCAUCAAUUGGUAAUGGAAGGAUACAAAUGGCACUUCAAUGAGACUGUUCUUACUGUUUGGUCAGCGCCAAAUUAUUGCUACAGGUGUGGCAACGUAGCAGCGAUAUUAGAACUGAACGAACAUCUGCAAAGAGACUUCACGAUAUUCGAGGCAGCACCCCAGGAAAGCAGAGGGACACCGAGUAAAAAGCCUCAAGCUGAUUACUUUUUGUGAAGUAUUGAUUUUUAUAAAAGCCACAAUGUCAUUUUUUGAAUGAUGAAACAAGGAAGAUCAACAAUAACUCGAGAGACGCCAUGAGUCUUUCAUGGAAAGAUGUUUGAAUUCACGGUAUAACGCGUAAUUUUAACGAUGAUGAACAAACAAACCUACUAUUGCAAUUUCAAAAGGAAAAGUGCUUCGUAUUCGAUUCUCAAUUACACCAAUAAAAUUACGGUUUAUCUAUAAAAUGUAUCGCGUAUUUUUACAUAUAAUUUUAAGUAUAUACGUUCUUGUGCAAAUCACCCUUUUUAAUUAUAAAAAAAAUUGCUCAUUUAUUUAUCGACUCUUGACGUGAUUAUCUUCUUUUAUAUCUGUUCAGGAUUUUAGCUAUUUUUUUUCCUAAGUUCUUAGGCCGCUCAUUAUUUGUACUUGUAAUAUGAUUAAAAAAUUAUUUUCUUCUAA